AUGGAGUCAACUACAUUGAAUGAGAGGAUGGCUAAGUGGCAGAUCCUGCUCUCCGAGUUUGAUAUAGUCUACGUAAAUCAAAAGGCUGCCAAAGGGAGCGCAAUAGCAGAAUUUUUUGCCAGCAGAGCUUUAGAAGACUAUGGACCUCUGAAUUUUGAUUUCCCGAAUGAAGGCUUGAUGUAUGUGGCAACUGUUGAAGAGGAUUCUCAGGAAAAUCAUCAUUGGAAGCUAAACUUUGACGGAGCUUCGAAUGCUGUAGGCAAUGGAAUUGGGGCAGCCAUUGUGUCCCCUAAUGGAGAUCAUUAUCCUUUUACCAGUAAAUUGGAUUUUGAUUGCACCAAUAACAUGGUUGAAUAUAAAGCUUGUAUUAUGGGUAUCCGGGCAGCCAUAGAGCGAAGAAUUAAUAUACUAGAAGUAUACAGAGACUCUGUAUUGGUAAUAUACCAGUUCAAAGGGAAAUGGGAAACUAGAGACCCAAAGUUAAUCCGCUAUCAAAAAUUGGUCCUGGAAUUGAUCGAGGAGUUUGACAGUAUCACUUUUCGUUAUCUCCCGCGAGACGAAAAUCAGAUGGCUGAUGCUUUAGCCACUCUAGCCUCUAUGAUCCAAGUGAACAAAUCAGAAGACAUGAAGCCUAUUCAAAUUAGCAUUUAUGAGACUCUAGCUCCUUGUUAUAAUAUUGAGGAAGAGAAAAAUGAUGACCAUCCAUGGUAUCAAGACAAACUGCGAUAUGUCAAGAAUCGUUAG